AACCCCAAAUCGCCAGGGUUCACCAUUCCCCGUCGCCGCCGCCACCCGUCCCAACCUCGGCCACCGGCGGCUCGACCGUCGCCGGCCGGAGAAUCUGAGGCGGUGCGGCCGUAAUCUCCCUUUCCUGGGGCACAGAGGCGCAGCCGCCGCGUCUACUGCAUCCUCCACCGGCCACUCCCCAUCACCGGACCGCCUCCAGCCGCCCCAACCCCGGCCACCGUCCACUCGGAUCUCAGUCGUUGCUGCGCGGUGGUUCGGGAUCUAGCCAUGUCGACCAACAAGGGCGGAGGCGGAGGGAAGAAGGAGGUGAAGAAGGAGACGAAACUGGGGAUGGCGUACAAGAAGGAUGAUAACUUUGGGGAGUGGUACUCUGAGGUUGUUGUUAACAGCGAAAUGAUUGAGUACUAUGACAUCUCUGGUUGUUAUAUCUUGAGGCCUUGGGCGAUGGAAAUAUGGGAGUUGCUGAAAGAAUUUUUUGAUGCAGAAAUAAAGAAGUUGAAGCUGAAACCAUAUUAUUUCCCUUUGUUUGUUACGGAGAAUGUUCUGCAGAAGGAGAAAGACCAUAUUGAGGGCUUUGCCCCUGAGGUAGCGUGGGUUACUAAAUCAGGAAAAUCUGAUCUGGAAGCUCCUAUUGCAAUCCGUCCAACAAGUGAGACUGUCAUGUAUCCAUACUUCUCUAAAUGGAUAAGAAGCCACCGGGACUUACCUUUGAAGUGUAACCAGUGGUGCAAUGUUGUUAGAUGGGAGUUUAGCAAUCCAACUCCUUUCAUAAGGAGCCGUGAAUUUCUUUGGCAAGAAGGCCAUACAGUUUUUGCAACUAAAGAGGAGGCAGAUGAAGAGGUCCUCCAAAUAUUGGAACUCUACAGGAGAAUAUAUGAAGAAUUUUUAGCAGUUCCAGUGUCCAAAGGGAGGAAAAGUGAGAUGGAAAAGUUUGCUGGUGGACUUUACACAACCAGUGUAGAGGCCUUCAUUCCAAAUACUGGCCGUGGUAUACAAGGUGCAACUUCACAUUGUCUUGGUCAAAACUUUGCAAAGAUGUUUGAUAUCACUUUUGAGAAUGAAAAGGGUGAACGGUCCAUGGUGUGGCAGAACUCUUGGGCAUACACUACCCGCUCGAUUGGAGUCAUGGUAAUGACACAUGGUGAUGACAAGGGCUUAGUGCUGCCACCAAAGGUGGCACCUAUCCAGGUCAUUGUUAUUCCUGUGCCAUUUAAAGAUGCUGACACAACAGGUAUUAAAGGGGCGUGUGAGUCGGCUGUUUACACCUUGAACCAAGCUGGGAUUCGAGCAGAUUUGGAUGCUCGUGAAAACUACUCUCCUGGUUGGAAAUAUUCUCAAUGGGAAAUGAAAGGUGUUCCUUUGAGAAUCGAGAUAGGUCCAAAAGAUCUGGCGAACAAGCAGGUGCGCAUUGUCCGGCGAGACAAUGGUACAAAGGUUGAUAUUCCUUCAACAGACUUGGUUGAGCAGGUUAGAGUGUUGCUGGAUGGGUUUCAAGCAAACUUGUUGGAAACAGCGAAAGCAAAGAGAGAUGCCUGCAUUGUAAUCAUCAGCACUUGGGAUGAAUUCAUAGCAGCUCUCAAUGACAAAAAAUUGAUCUUGGCUCCAUGGUGUGAUGAGGAGGAGGUGGAGAAGGACGUGAAAGCUCGGACCAAAGGUGAACUUGGGGCUGCGAAAACAUUGUGUACUCCAUUUGACCAGCCAGAUCUUCCUUCCGGAACUGUGUGCUUUGCUUCCGGAAAGCCUGCUCAAAAGUGGUCGUUCUGGGGUCGCAGCUAUUGAUCUCAAGUGUUCUGUCACCUAUACAUUGCCAUUUUCGUGGAUCGUUUGUUCUGGCAAAGCUGUCUAUUUCUUAUACUAGCUGAUUUUUGAGUAAUGCUUUCGUAUGAUAUGACUCGGAUUGGUUGUCCAUUUGCUAUUUUGUAAUGAUUGCAUGUCGAUCAGUUCGGUGUUGAGAAAUACAUUAUGUACAACCUUAAGUGAUAGAUAGACCUGCACAUGACAAUAUUGCCACCGUAUAA